AUGGCAUCUAAUCUACUCUUAAUCUUCAUGCUCUUUCUUUUUCUUUCUCCUGAAAUUCAUUCCCUUUCUUUCCAAAUCAACAAUUUCCAUUCCAAUUCCAACGUAGUUUAUGAUGGAGAUGCAAAACCUAUAAAUGAGUCCAUUACAUUCAAUGGUGAACUUGGUUGGGCCAUUUACACCCAAAACCUCCUCCUUUGUGAUCAUACCAAUUUCAAAACCCACUUCUCAUUUCUCAUGAAAAACAACAACAACAAUAGCAAUGGAGGAUUGGCUUUUUUCCUUGCUCCGUUUGAAUUCAGCCCACCACUUAAUUCUUCUCCUUCCUUUCUUGGUCUAUAUAAUUCCACUCCAUUAAUCCAACCAUCUCAAUCUCAAAUUCUUCAUGUAGAAUUUGACACUUUCCCAAACCCUGAAUGGGAUCCCCCAUUCAAACAUAUUGGCAUCAACAAGAACUCAAUUUCUUCAUCAAUUUAUUCUCCAUGGAAUUCAACAAAUCAAAAGACCCUUGUGUGGAUUUCUUACAAUUCAACAGCUAAAAAUCUCAGUGUCUCAUUCAACAACGAAAACAACAAUAAUUAUACAACUCUUUCUCUUCAAAUAGAUCUGAUGGAGAUUCUUCCUGAAAAAGUGACAAUUGGGUUUUCAGCUGCUUUGGUCGGGGAUCUAAGCAUUGAAUUCUGGGAAUUCUCAAGUAAUUUAGAUGGAAAUUAUGAAAAUGAUAACGAAAAAUCCACAGAUAUGAAUUUAUUAGCAGUUCUAAUAGCUUGGGUUGGUGUUUUUGUAAUAGCAAUCAUUUCAAUAAUUAUAAUUUCAUUAAUCAGAAAGAAGAAGAAAGAUGAUUAUGAAGAACAUGGAGCGAUGAAAUUGGCUUCAAUUUAUUCUGAUCUGAACAAAGAAGAAGCUUUAAAACCGAGGAGAUUCUCCUACACAUAUCUUGCUAUGGCGACUGAUAAUUUUGCAAAGAAAAGAAAAUUGGGAGAAGGAGGGUUUGGGGAAGUGUUUGAAGCACGUUUGCCUGGUGCUAAUAAAACAGUUGCAGUCAAGAAGAUUUUCAAAAGCUCAAGACAGGGAAAAAGAGAGUACAUUAGUGAAGUCAAGAUUAUAAAUGGGAUGAAGCACAAGAAUUUGGUGCAACUUAUUGGGUGGUGCCAUGAGAGUAGUGAUGAUAGUGAGUUUCUUCUUGUCUAUGAGUUCGUGCCAAACGGUACUCUCCAUUCUCAUCUCUUUGGAGAUCGCCCUCCUCUCUCGUGGCCAAUCAGGUACAAAAUAUCUUUAGGACUGGCAUCAGCACUACUGUAUCUCCACGAAGAGCGAGAGAAUAGUGUUGUCCAUAGAGAUAUCAAAUCAAGCAAUGUCCUACUCGAUUCCGAUUUCACCGCAAAGCUCAGCGACUUUGGAUUAGCACGACUAGCAAAGCAUGAACUCAACUCGAAAAGACCCAAGUUGGUAGGAACGUUUGGAUACAUGGCUCCUGAGUACAUAAGCAGCCGUCAGGCAAGCAAAGAGUCGGACAUAUUCAGCUAUGGAGUGGUUUUACUUGAGAUUGUGAGUGGAAAAAAGUGUUGUGAUCAUUCAGGAAAGGGGCUGAUAGAGUUGGUUUGGGAUGCUUAUGGAAGAGGAGAGUUAGUUAAAGCAAUAUUGGAUAAAAAACUUGGAGUGGAAUUUGUGGAGGAAAGAGAAGUUGAGCGUUUGAGUAUGGUUGGACUGUGGUGUGUUCAUCCUGAUUCAACUCAAAGGCCAUCUAUUAAGCAAGUGAUUCAAGUUCUUAGUUUUCAAGAGGCGAUGCCUAAUUUACCAUUAGAAAUGCCUCUUCCAACUUUUAAUCAUGCUUCCUGGGUUUAUAAACUCAAUGUCGCAUAUCCAAAGGAAAAUUUGAGCAUGACUUGCAAUUUAAACCCUUUAAGAUCUUAA